AUGACUGACUCUCCAGAGUCGUCGCCUCGACGACGUCUCACCAGUGCCCAGAUUGCUUCUCACCUGCAAUAUCCGACCUUCCCACCGCUGACUGCCUCUGUGGAGGAGUGGGUUAUCCGCUCACGACCUACCAAUAUGACGUCAGAUCAACCUCCCGAUCAUCCGCCAAAUUCCUUGAGUGAUAGCUGGGCUACUUUGAGUGUUUCUGAUAUACACUCGGAGGAUGGCAGUCACUCCGAGCAGACCGAUACAUGCUCGCUCAUCGACCAGACCACCCCCGACGACGUUGCAAGCCUCGAUGAACGCUACAGCAGCAGCGAGGCCGAGGUGCAGGAUGAAGACAACCAGGAAGAUGAUGGAAUAAUGGGAGAUGAAAUUCCAUGCAGUGCCUCAGUUUCUCAACAGUUACCGACUCUUUUUCCUUUCACAAGGAGCACAAUCGAUGACAGCACCACAACCACCAAGCCCACCUUCCCAAACUCCAGUGACUCGAUUGAAUUUGUGGAGCCUGAGAAGUGGCCUGAGAUCGAGAGAGUGGAGCUCAAGCAUACCAUCCGUAUCUUUGAUGGGGCCGCAGCCGAGGAGUUGAAAAGCAGGUUGCCCUUUAACUCAACCGAUUCCAUCCUCAUGGCGACUGUCCAGCAGACUAUGACGAAGCAAAGUCUAGACCUGGACAAACCCUUCCGCGUGCUCUACGUCGGACAACCAGAGUUCCGAAACAUCAUUCUUGAUAAGAUCGGUGACGUUCUAGUAUCUAGCUCAUGUGCCAGUUCGGAGACCAGCUCUGCUGAAUCUUCCCGGUACCACGUUGUGCCAACCUCUUUUGGUGCCGGGGCUGUUCCAAAUUUCGCCGAGCUCCUCCCGAUCCAUGUUCAGCUGGUAGUCGACGAAUGCGUGGAAGCCACAGCCGAUCCCAGUGUGGACCGACCUAAUACCCUGAGCCUAAAGUUCAAGAAUCGCGCGGUCUGCACUUCGGCAUGGAAUGGCUCGGAUUACCGUGUCUCGUCUGCAUCAGAUUGGACUCUUCCAGAUGUAGCCAUUAUCUUCGUCUCUGGCCGUGAUGAUACAAAAGCUAUCAAUACCCAGUAUCUUACUCAUGCCUUCCUGGAACGCCACGGAAUCCCGGCAAUGAUGAUUUCGGAGGAGCCAUUGUGGAACAUGGCUGGGGAAACAAUCCCUCUUAAUCAUAGCAGUCUGCACACUUGCUUGGAAUCUCGGCACCCAGAAUCAGGAGAGACCGCGGUUCUUCGACGGUAUCCCAUCGAUUUGAAGACUUUCGAGAGCAUCACGCCCGGGCAACUCAACCGAAACCUGGCAUCGCUCGUUGGCCUUUACUCGAAGAAGGCACACAAGGUCACUGCUGAGGCAUCCAAUUCAUUCCAAACGACAUUAUUUGCCGGUCAUGAGAAAUAUCUCGAAAAUUGGCUUCCAUCUUCCUAUGCCACCCGUGUUCGUGAAUGGGCCCCCACACUACGUUUAGUCGCUUUGACUCUCAUUUCGGCCAUUAUCCUCUCAAUCGGAUACGCCACUGUGAAGGUAAUAGUAGUUUUCCUGGCGCAGUGUAUUGCUGGAUCAGCUCUGUCCAAUGCAUUCCCUCCCGCGUCAUCCCAAAUCUCCUCUUUCUCCGUCCCGCCCCUCGAUAGAGUGAGUCAAACUUCAGUCUCGAUACAACCGUCAUCCUCUGUCCAAAUAUUACAUGUUCCCCCAGUGGGUGUUUCGAUCCCCAAUGAGAUCACAGGACCUGCGCUUUCAGCCCCGGGACCAGCAAAUGCGGACGAAUUUGAGAUCCAGACUGUGGGAGACUGUCACGUCAUCAUCAAACCAUCUUUUAAGUUUACUACCUCCAAGAAACAACCUCGCUUCAAUGUUAGCGUUCAAAGGCAAAGCAAAGAUCUUCCAUACGAGCUGUCCCAAUUGUUCGAAGGAGUCUACAUGCUCAAGUUAGACCGGGAGGAUGCUUACGGUUUAAUCGACGUGACAAUCACAACCCAGUCAAAAGUUCCAAUCAACCAGACUAUGGCCGUCGACUUCGGAACACCAUGGUUGAAGAUUGCGAGCUGGAAGCGCGCCGCCCAAGGAAUAACUUCGCAGUUUACGAAGGACCUGCAAAUGGCUCAGACCGGCCUCACUGAGGUAUAUGGCCGAUUCUCCACCGACUUGCAAGUGGUCAUGGGUGAUGUGGUGAAGAGAACGCAUAUCCUGCGUCGCGAUGCUGAGAAUCUACGUCGUGAUAGCCUCACUACACGCGACACCGUUCUGUCACGAUCGAAGCAGAUUUCCGAGGUCUUCACCCGCAACGCUCUUCAGCGAUUCCGAACUGCUUCCUCCGUGCUGCAGCUUCGGUCCAGUCGUGCGAACAAGGAGGCUAAGGAGCUUGUGCAUGAUGCAUGGAGUCGCAUUGGAGAGUCAGCUGCGAAAGUCGACCUCCGCAGUAUGAUGGAUCGGGUGCGCAAUGCGCGCAAAUGCGAAGCGCUGGAUCGAGCUCAGUCGCGUGCGCGACAUAUUCUGGGUCUUGACUCAGCCCAGUAA